AUGUUUUUCGGGUUCAACACCUGCCCUGGUGCUGUAGGACCAGACUGCGUCAAUGGGCCGUUGAAGAACAACAAAAUAUGCGAUAUCACCGCUAAACCAGCGGAACGCGCCGCGGCCCUUGUUGCUGCAAUGACCCAAGAGGAAAAGCUUGCAAACCUGGUCAGCAAAGCCCCAGGGGUACAACGUCUUGGACUUCCAGCCUACAACUGGUGGGGCGAGGCUCUUCAUGGAGUAGCAGGUGCACCUGGUAUCUCCUUUUCGGGAGACUUCAAAACUGCGACCUCGUUUCCGAUGCCGCUUCUGAUGUCGGCUGCAUUCGAUGACGACCUCAUAUUCAAGGUCGGAACGGCCAUCGGCACCGAGGCAAGAGCAUUCAGCAAUGGAGGAAAGGCCCCCUUCGAUUACUGGACGCCCAACAUCAACCCUUUCAAGGACCCACGCUGGGGUCGCGGUUCGGAAACGCCUGGUGAAGAUACGGCCCGCCUUAACGGCUAUGUGAAGAGCAUCCUUGCUGGACUUGAAGGUGACAAUCCCAAGGAACGCCGCAUCAUUGCCACAUGCAAACACUACGUCGCCAAUGACCUCGAGAAUUGGAAGGGAACAACAAGGCACGAUUUCGACGCGAAGAUUUCACAACAAGAUCUAGCAGAAUAUUACAUGCAACCAUUCCAAACCUGCGCCAGGGACAUGAAAGUAGGAUCUUUCAUGUGCUCAUACAACGCCGUAAAUGGCGUGCCAGCCUGUGCAAACCCUUGGUUGCUCGAAACGGUCCUUCGCGGCCAUUGGAAAUGGACAGAUGAUAACAACUAUAUCACGAGCGAUUGCGAGGCGGUACUGGAUAUCUCGGCAAACCAUAAAUACGCUCCCACCAAUGCAGCAGGAACGGCCCUUGCUUUCAACUCCGGCAUGGAUACGAGUUGUGAAUACUCAGGCUCGUCUGAUAUCCCAGGCGCGUGGAAGAGCGGGGCGCUGAAUAAGACAACGGUCGAUAGGGCUCUUAACCGCCUUUACCAUGGAUUGGUCCGUUCCGGCUAUUUUGAUGGCUCGUCAGCCGUUUAUGCCAAACUUGGCGCUGGAGACGUUAACACGCAAAACGCGCAGCAACUCGCAAGACAAGCGGCAACAAACGGCAUUGUUAUGCUGAAAAAUGACCGGACACUGCCUCUGUCUCUCGCAAAGGGAAGCAAAGUAGCAAUGAUCGGGUUCUGGGCCAAUGACACAUCCAAGCUUCGGGGUGGUUACAGUGGGCCGCCGCCGUUUCUGCACACUCCUGUCUGGGCUGCCCAGCAGCAAGGGCUUUCGGUCAAGACCGCAACAGGACCUAUCCUACAAAACAACAAUGCCGCCGACAAUUGGACCACAAAUGCUUUGGCUGCCGCUAAAGCAUCGGAUUACAUAUUAUACUUCGGUGGCCAAGAUACUUCAGCAGCUGCUGAAGGAUCGGAUAGAUUAAGUCUGGCAUGGCCAGAGGCCCAGAUAACGCUCAUCAAUAAGCUGAGUGGUUUGGGCAAGCCACUGGUGAUCAUCCAGAUGGGCGAUAUGCUGGACGACACGCCUCUUAUCAAUAACAAAGGCGUGAAUUCGAUGCUGUGGGCUAGCUGGUCGGGCCAGGAUGGAGGACCUGCCGUCAUGGACAUUAUCUCGGGCGCAAAGGCGGUCGCCGGCCGUCUUCCAGUAACCCAGUAUCCAGCGAAUUAUACCCAGCUUCCAAUGACCGAUAUGAACCUCCGGCCUUCUGGUUCGAAUCCAGGACGAACAUACAGGUGGUACUCGACCCCAGUACGGCCUUUCGGCUUUGGUCUCCACUACACUACCUUCAAAGCUUCCUUCGGCGCUUUUGGGCCUAGCUUCUCUAUCCAGGAAUUACUCAAGGGUUGCCGCAACGAAUUCCCGGAUACGUGCGCAUUCCCAGCUCUGCCUAUUGAAGUCAGCAAUACGGGAAAUCGCACGUCUGAUUUUGUGGCUCUCGCCUUCGUCAGAAGCCAGACUGGGCCCAAACCUUAUCCCAUCAAGACGCUUGCGACAUAUAGCCGCCUUCGUGGCAUUGCUCCUGGUCAGACUGCAAAGGUGCAACUUAAGUGGACACUUGCAAACCUGGCACGCCACGAUGAAAAUGGAAAUACGGUGCUAUAUCCAGGAACAUAUGAUCUAUUGCUCGAUGAACCAACGCAGGCAACGCUGAGCUUUUCUUUGACGGGCGAGCAGGCAGUUUUAGAUAAAUGGCCGGCGCCCAAGCGUUAGCUGAACUCGGAGACCCCCCUUCGGACAAGCUAGCAUGGAAAUUCCGUGGUUGCAGGUGCGGUAGCUAAGGGAGAUUGUCCGGAGGGAAACUCUACGCUGGUAAACUGCGGGCUAAGCGGGCGGAAUGUAUGUCAGUCAUUUCUCCAAACCUCGUUGCCUCUAACGUCCGUGAGGGCGGUCCAAUUGCC